UUUUUUUAUGAAAAUCUUAUAGAUUUUUUUUAUUAUUGAAAAAAAAACCUGUGGAAUUUUGAACAGUAAUCGGCAAAACAAUAUUUCCGUGGAGUUUCAGGGGAAAUUAUGACGCGUUCACAAUAACGCGAUCAAGUCCAUGGACUCAAAUCUAAACUAUUUUUUUCGAUAUUGAUUAUUUUUAUUUGACCACCCGGAUCCUCUCCGAGGGACAGGAGAGUUCUUUUUUUUUCAAAAUGAAAAAGAACAUUUGGCAGCCCCCACUCUAUCAUAUUGAGUUUGAGUUUGGAGUUUGAGUGUGUAGAAGAAUGUACAUAUACUGAAGUGAGGGUUAACUUGCCUGGGACCCCCACUCCAGGUAAUUAUCACUAGCAACCGUGUUCCCCACUCUGGAUGGUGAAGGAUAGAGUAAUGGUAACUUGAGUGUUAUGAGAGUGCAGUUGUUGGUCGUGGAUUGUGGAAUGAUGGUAGCAGGCCGGUCUCCUAGGAUCCCGCAGCCGCAGGGAGCCGAGCUGAGCCGAAUAGAGAAAAUAAAACUCGAAAGGUGUAGGUUGCAUUUCAGUGAAAAAGGCCGAAUGUACCCGGGUGGGUGUACACACAAUUACCAGGCCAACGUGCACCAUUUCGGCCAGUACACCAGGACCUCGCAUCACUCCCCAAUCCUCCAUAAAAUAAUUCACGUAAUUUAUCAAUUUACCAUUGUGCCAUAAACGACUCGUUACGGGCAUUUAAACGAGACAUGGAAUAAAUUAUUCGUAUAAACACAUAUGUCGUGAGGGAUUGGGACGUUGUCAUCGGAGAGUGCAAUCCAGUCGCUCAUCAUUUGUUAAGGAAUUUUUAUUUGUUGAGAGUUUGUGGAGACGCUUGUCAGGCUGUUUUUUUUUUCUCUUGAUUUUUUUUUUCAUUUCAUUUUGUUGAGAUAUCGAACGUCGAGUGGAGACGUGUGUGCUGGGUGUAACAAGCAUACGCCUCGAGCAAGCGUUUACCGUAGGGCUUUCACAAACACCAAAUGUGCCUGACUCUUGUAGCUAUUUAUCCAAUAAAUAUCACUGAUGAGUGUGAAAAAAAAAAUAGUGACAGCCAUGGAUAUUGACUGUCCAAUUGUUAGUCUCAAACGUUCCAGUAGUGCUCCUAUGAUUAAUGAAAUCAGUGCCACUAUGUCCGUCAGCUCACCAUCUACAUCUGCGCCGAGGGAUGCAGUGGCAACUUUUAAUCUAUUUUCCAAUACACCGAGAACGAGGCGAUUCAGCACAAGUAGUCCGGGAAGCGCUCCAAGACUGACACCACGUGUGAAUCAACUGAAGCAGGAAGAAUGUCUGGAUGUUGCUGGUCGCGAGGCAGCCCAUGAAAAGGAGAUUCACAGUGCAAUGCAGAUAUCACAGUCCUGGGAGGACCUGACACUAGAGGCCGAAGGGCUGUCCUUUAAGGACUCCGAAUCGCCGACACAGCAGCUGAAUAAAUUGGAGAGGCAUAUAACGAAACGAGUGUUUGAUCCACUCAAUCUGAAUCUACCAGCGAGUGGUGGACCACCAUUAUGCUCAUCUCCAUCGCCCACGAGGUCGCAUCUUGGGCAGCGCCAGUGCUAUUCACCUGGUUUGCACAUGGUCAAUUGGAAGACUAAUUUAUCACCGAGUCCAACGAGGAAGGCCUUUGCCACUAGGCGCAGUUUGAGUCCCAUUGCUAUUCGACCGAGUUGUCUGGGGCCUGUCAAGAGGAAGUUUGAGCUUGAUGAUAGCAAUGGGGAUCAGCUGCUGCAGCCACCCGUCAAGCGGACGUCAACGCUAGUUUUAUCAAGUUCUCCGAGGUUGUCAAGUCCUCUACCAGGGACGAUAAGUUCUGUGGGAACUCCUGAGUCGUUGUCCAGCGUAGACUCCCCAGGUUUUUUUUCAUUUCGGCCUGUAGACAGUCCGUCCCCCAGUCGAGUGAUAACGAAUGGGGAUGAGCCCAUGAACGAAGCCAACGAUCUGAUUAAAGCGAACGAUGAGGUGCAGGUAGAUCAGGUUAGCCAGUGCAAUCACAGGUGAACUACUUCUUUUGAGCAAUCAAUUAUCGUUACCCCAUCAAUAUUCAAUUGUAACCCAUAACAAAUUCAACAUAACAAGAUAAUUCGUCAUAGUUGUCUUCAAUUAGUGCGUAUUAAAUGAAUUAAUUAAUGCUGAUUGCUACUUGCCCAAAGGUGCCAGAUAAACGCAAAAUUUCCUUAUCACGUGGGAAGAAAAUUCAAUGGAAAAUUCUAAGUUUCUUGCAGAAUCCUAUCCGGUGAUUAAAUUUUUGCCUAAAAUUUGUCACGUUAAUUUUUUGAGUUUGAGAGAUCUUCCCUUCGAGGGAUUAUUAAUUCAGACAUCACAAUUUCGUUUUAACAUUCUUUGUUUAGAACUUGUUGAUUGCUGAGUGAAGCUAGAACGAAAAAUAUCGGACAAUUUUUUUUGCUGUUUUUCGAAAUUUCAUGAUUUCAUGCAGUAAAAAUAACCGGCAAAAUUCAAAGUCUCUUGAUUUUUCAAUUGGAGAUUCGGAAUUAAAAACACAGAGAAUAGGUAUUUUUUGUGCAAUCUGUUGAAUAUUUAAUGAUAAAAUUCUGGAAUAAUUUUUCGGUUCCUUCGUAAUUUUUCAAUGAGACAA